AUGCGUGCGGAGGAUGGACUACGAGCCCCAGAAGCCACGGCGGCCAUAGGCGCAAGCGCAUUGAGAAAGGAGGAAGGAGAAGCGGCGGUGACUUGUACGGACCGGGGUUCCUGUAACAGUAGCGGGGGACGCUUGGAGAUCCCGAGUCUCCUUUGCCCGGGACCCAGGAUGAACCUGGAGCGGGUGUCCAAUGAGGAGAAGCUGAACCUCUGCCGGAAAUACUACCUAGGGGGGUUCGCGCUCCUGCCCUUUCUCUGGCUGGUCAACGUUCUGUGGUUCUUUCGAGAGGCCUUCCUGGCCCCAGCCUACGAGGAGCAGGGACAAAUCAAGGGCUACGUCUGGCGUUCAGCCCUGGGGCUGGUCUUUUGGCUUGUGGCACUGACCUCCUGGAUCACCAUCUUCCAGAUUAACAGAGCCCGCUGGGGAGCCCUGGGCGACUAUCUCUCCUUUACCAUCCCUCUGGGAAUCCCCUGAUCGGCCCCAUGGCCAGAUCCCCUUCCCACCCUGUCUUAUUCCCGGCACUGGGCUAGCAUGGCUUCCAAAGAUGAAGAAGAUCACGCAUCCUUCAUAUCCCCACAGUCUUUUGUCUGCCCACGCUGGCUCCCCGGAACAUCCAUCUCUGACUAAUUUUCCACUUCUUUUCCCACUCCGGGUCGCCUCCACGGAGACUCCCAAAUUAAAAAAAAAAUUAAAAAAAGGAUAUUUCAUGAGUA